UUUCAAGUUUAUUUUCUUUAUUCCAUCACUAAAAUAAAAAUGAGCGCAACAAAUGCAGAACAGAAACCAGCACAGCCACAAAAGCGGGCUCAUGCUGGAGAGGAAAAUGGUGCAGAUGAUGGAAUCGCAAAUAAAACGAAAAAAGUUGAUAAUGGAGAGAUAAACAAAAAUGAUUUGGCAAAUACUGAAAAUAACUUAAAAGCGUCAGAAGCUGCUGACAACGAAGCAAUCUCCGCAGAGCCAAAAUUAACGAAAAAAGCAUUGGAGGAAAAUAAAUUGGCAGAUCGCGAAGAUGGAGGGGAAGAGAGCGAUGCUGAAAGUGGGGCUGUUGACGAGGAGGAAGAAGAUGAUGAAGUAUUGGAUGAUGAUGAGGAAGACGAUGAUGAUGCUGUUGGCGCUGAAGGAGAUGAUCAAGACGAUGAUGAGGAUGGAGGAGAAGAUGAUGAAGGUGAAGAAGAAGAGGAGGAAGAGUGA